AUCUUUUAUUGGUUUUGCUUAAAUUUUCAAUAAUAUUAGUUUCUUUUUAAAUCAAUAAUUUUCUUUAAUCAUUCAUUAGUUAUUCAGUAUUAAUUUAUCCAAUAUAAAUCAUUGAUCAUGUUUGAUUUGUUUUUAAACCAAGCCGAGCCCUCUCAGCUCAGAGUAAUAUUAUCAGGGAUAUCAGGAUCAACAAGUCUUGCAUGUUGGUUUGUUUUACUUGUUCCCCAAUUGAUUGAGCAAUGGAGACUUAAGUCUGCUGAAGGGAUAUCCAUUGGGUUUUUAUUUAUAUGGUUCACAGGGGAUAUAGCUAAUUUAUUGGGCUCAGUCCUAGCCAAAUUGUUACCCCAAGUCAUUCUCUUAGCUGUGUGGUUUUGUUUUUCUGAUGGUUUAAUCAUUUUCUCGUAUUAUUACUAUACUUACAUCUACCCAAAUCAAUUGAAAAAACUAAUAAAAAGACACGAAGAACAACAAAAGAAAAGUGUUCAGUUAUCAAUAACUAAUUCUCAUGGGGAAACAUCACCAUUAAUCAUUCAGCCAACUGAAGAAAGAUUGCAGCAAAAUAGAAGAAGAUCGAGAAGAUCCAGAGUAUCAAGAAAAUCGGUGUCGUCCCUAAACAGAGAAUCCUUAGCCUAUUGGGCAAACAUGAAAGGGAAACUAAAUGUUUUCGUUAAAUAUAUCUUACCAAUAUUGUUUGUUAUCUGUGCUGGUGCUGUAGGUUAUCUUAUUUCUGCUAAAUCCUCCGACAACGAACCAAACAACGGCGGGGGUGACAACAACGAUAAUGAUGAAAUAGCUGUUCUCCCCCAGUUGUUGGGCUACCUCUCAGCUACAUGCUACCUAAGUGCUCGUCUUCCUCAAAUAUACCAGAACUACAAGAGAAAGUCAGUUCAUGGGCUCAGUCUAUUGUUUUUCAUCUUCUCAACCUUCGGCAAUGUGACCUACGCAUUGCAAAUAUUGUUCUUUCGCUCAGACUGGAAGUACAUACUAUUGAACCUCUCGUGGUUGAUGGGGUCUCUUGGUACUAUCUUCGAGGACACCAUUAUCUUUAUCCAGUUUUUUAUCUACAACCGAAACUCCUCUGAAGAAGACGAAGAAGCAGAGCAAUUUCCUGCCCACCAAACCAGCGGUCUGGGUGUUGCUGUUUAGGGGAUCCGAGCCACAUCUGUGGUAGAAAAGACGCAGCUGGAUGCAGCACUUACCACCACAACGGGUCUGUUUUUCUUUGUCAUUUUUGUAUGCUUAUCAAGUGCCAGUAUAUCGCUGUUUGGGUCUCUGUAGAUGAUCAGCUCCAACUCUCCAACUGCCUGAUACACCAUAGCUGAUGACUCACUAUUUCUAACCACUAUCUUGUCUUUGAUAUAAAUAUCCAGUUUUUUCUUUCUCUCUUUUUAAUUGAUAAUAGAUAAUAGGUAAUAGACAAUUGAUUCCCACUUGUUUGCACAAUGACUGCUGAUACUGCACAACAACUACCCCGUUGUCAUAAUGACUUUAGAAGUAUGUCAACACAGAUGAGUCUUAUUCAAUGAAGCUUAUGUGGACUUUUCAAUACUAAUUUCAAUUUUGAUAGGCGACACCUUCACAAUUCCUACUCCCACUGUUCUCCAAGCUGCUUUGAAUGCCUCCUUAGGCGAUAGUGU